CAGCGCGGUGGUGAGAAGGGGGAACCUUGUGGCGGUGCCGAGAGGAGAAAAGAUGGAGAAUGAGGGCAACCCGCACUGUCCUGGGGAGAAACAGCAGCAGCAGGAGGAGGAGGAACGCUUGGAGAAAGAGCACUUCUGGAAAAUCAUUAAUGCUUUUAGAUAUUAUAGGAUUUAUGCUCAUGAGAGGGUAACUCGGUCUGAAAAGCAAUUCCACUCUCUCCCAGCAGCUCAUCGAAAGCUGCUGCCGAAUUUCCUUCCUCAUGUGAAAAAAUUAAGAGAGUGUAUUGAACAUAACUAUGAGAUCCUGAAAGCAAUUAUCAACAACUGCAAUCAUAUGUUUGAAAAUAAGGAAUAUGGAGUCAUUGAUAUGGAGGCUGACCUGGGACAAAUAAAACCAGCAUCUACCUUUGACAUGGACAAAUUGAAGUCCACCAUUAAGCAGUUUGUGAGAGAUUGGAGUGAUGAUGGCAAGGCUGAACGUGAUGCCUGUUAUCGGCCAAUCAUUGAAGAAAUUGUAAAACGUUUUCCUCCAGAUGAAUGCAAUCCUUCUGACAUGAACAUUCUUGUACCAGGAGCAGGACUUGGAAGACUAGCCUGGGAAAUUGCUAGAUUGGGUUAUAGCUGCCAGGGUAAUGAGUGGAGUCUAUACAUGCUCUUCUGUUCACAUUUUGUACUCAACAGAUGUACUGGAGUGAACACAAUGACACUGUACCCCUGGAUACAUCAAUUUAGUAACAACAAGCGAUCAGCUGAUCAGAUUCGACCAGUUCAUUUUCCAGAUGUCAACUCUCAUAGUCUCCCAUCUCACGCUAACUUUUCUAUGACAGCUGGAGAUUUCCAGGAGAUCUAUACAGAGCCAAACACAUGGGAUUGUGUAGCAACAUGUUUCUUCAUUGACACAGCACAUAAUGUUGUUGAUUAUAUUGAAACGAUAUGGAAGAUUCUGAAACAUGGAGGCAUAUGGAUAAAUCUUGGUCCUUUGCUGUAUCAUUUUGAGAAUAUGGCAAAUGAAAAGUCAAUAGAACUGAGCUACGAAGACAUCAGGCAUUGCAUACUUCAGUUUGGAUUCAAAAUUGAGGUAGAAAAGAACUCUGUUCCAUCAACAUACACAGAAAAUGAUCAAUCCAUGUUAAAGUAUCUUUAUGAUUGUGUCUUCUUUGUAGCCAGAAAACCUUUAUCUCCACCAUCUCUUAAUGGUUUUCCACCAAUGAACAGUUGAGAAAGGGAAUGUUGACGUUUCCUGUAAUAACAAGACUGCAGAAUAUAAAACUGGGAAAGAAGAGGAGUUACUUAGAGGUCUGGACAAUCUGAAUGAUUCCAGAGACCGGCGUACUCUAAUAGUGCCUUUUUCUUUUUAAAUCGACUUCAGGAAUUCUAAACUAUCGAAGAGGUUUCCUUUUGGACAUCUAGAAAAGUGCAAUGAAGUAAUGAAUUAUCCAUAUAAUCGGCAAAAGGAGCAAAGUUAGAGAAGAGCAAAAGAAAAAAUCUGAUGUCUAACAUUAAUUUGCUAACUGUUGCAGUUAUCAAGAUGCCCUUUGUAUGCAAAGUAUUCCUGACUGUUUUAUUCAGAUAUGAAUGAACAUGCAGUAACUAACUUCCCAGUGGCUAUUAAGCCAAUUUCUUUCCUCCAUUCCAUAAUCUUCAAUUAUUUAAUGGUGUCCUCCUCCCCAUUACCCACGUGCUAACACAGGCACACUUACUCCAUCUUGGCAAAUUGGAUAAUUUUGUUGAACCGUCUCUGCAUUUUGAUAUCUUUGAUUUUGGGAUAUUAAUGAACAGUUCUCAGUGGGCUUUGAGCUUGUUGAAUGUGUGAAACUAUUUUAGCUAGAUAUUUUGCAAUUACAGCAGAUGAUGUUUUUCCACUUUAAAUACGAAUGGUGAAAAGGGGGAAAUCACUGCAUUUUGAAUUAGAUAGUAGGAAUUCAUUCUUUGCUGUGAUUUAACUAAAAACAACUUUGUCAUGCUGUCGUUGUACAAUGUUGACAAUGUGGCAUUUGAAUUGAUGAUUGACUCAAUGCUGCUUGAAUUCACAGUUACUGUAAUUUAUAACUCGUUAGCUGCCAUUAUUCUAAUGAAAACAACUUGUCAGUAUACCUAUAAUUAAUUUACAUGUUCAGUUUUGUUUCUCGUAUAGAAUCAUUUUUAAAAAUCUGUUGAUAAUGAAAUGAAUGAUGUACGUAUCCAGUUUGUCUUUGUUUGAAAAAGACUUGGCCUCUUUAACAUCUGGCUUUGCAUCAUGCCAAAACAAACACCAAACUAGUGAAACUAUUGUUACAUACAUUCUUUGUUCAUUAAUUCAAUGACACGUAUGUUCAUUAAUUGUUACUGGCAGCAUUUGAUAGAAAAGGCUUUGUAUGAGGCCAUGCCAAACAUGCAGUUUGAUUGCAAACACCUGACCAUGAUGCUCUGUACUAGCUUAAAAAUGGCAAACAGAAUAAAGCCAUCCUCACCGCCAUCAUAUUGAUUGAAACACCCAGGCUGGAGGGUAUUUCAAAACCAUAAAAGUAUUUUCAGAUUAUGUUAAUAGCUCAAGCUUUUCACUCUUGUGCUCUCAUGAAAUCCAUUGCUGUCUACGUAUCAUCCAACUUCUAAGUAUUAAGCCUUAACUUGAUGUUACAGAUAGUAUUUCACAGUCAUGUAACAGUAAACAUUGCCAUUUGUAAAUUACCUUGUUCAUAUGUUGCUGGACAGUGUUAAAAGUCCUGCAUUAUGACAGGAUAUUCUUGAGACUGUGUUGUGAAUAAGAGUAGAUAUCAGUCACUACUGUGUAUGUUCUGAUUUCUCACGAAUUCUGAGUUGAGUACAGUUUAAUAUCAAUUGUCAGUGAUUGGGCAUUUUGUGUAUAGUAUGCAGGAAUUUUCCCAAAAUUUGUUUUUAAAAAAGUCUUGCACCCAUAACUAUCAUUCCUGUGAUACCAGGCUUUUUAUAUUGUUAGAUGCAUUUUAAAUGGCAUUGAUUUACUAUAUUUGGCCCAUAAAAAUAUUGAUUGUAAUAAAACAAAACUGAACUUUUAAGAAAAUGUAAUUAAAGACUUCCACAAGAGUAUUUAGAUUUUCUAUUACCUCACUGGAAACUUAACUGGAGCUAUUAACAGACCUUAUUAUAAAUUCAACCAUAUAUCCGAAAACACGUUGAAAGCAAAAGUCUUGAGAUUAAAGAGAAAAGAAGCACAGAUGUAGUGUAUUGAUGUGGACUAUUUGCAGUCUCAAUACCAUCAAAAUAUAAUUUAGUAAUAGCUAUAACUACUUUUUUAUUGAUAGGUACAAGUCUUUGAAGCUUGCUGUUUUAACCAAGGAUCCUGAAGAUGAAAAAUUCUUAGGUGUAACAGCAUUAUUAGUUAUUUUUAUCUUGUUCAAAUAAAUCACCAUACCGUCUGUUUUGCCAAAGAUUUUCUAAAUAUCCUGAGUUUUUUUUUCCCCCUUAUUUAAAUGUUGGAAGCAAUGCUAAAUUUGGAUUAAAAACUGUUGAUCAUUACCUCUUGUUUUACUGCACUAGAAUAAUGUAUAAACCUUAUUGGAGAUGUAUUUUAUACUCAGAUUGCUUUGUGCUUGAUGAAAAUUGAUUAAUGUUAACACCAGGGUUGAUAUUAAAACAAUGUGAUAAAAGAAAAAUAAUGCAGAUCCUGGAAAUCUGAAAUACAGUAUCUGUGGAGAGAGAAAAGCAGCUAACAUUUCAAGUCAAAUAUAACUUCUUCAGAAUGAAGUGUGAUACUGGAUUUGAAAGUUUUUUUCUCUCUUUACUUGCUGCCAGAUCUGCUGAGUUUCUCCAGCACUUUCUGUUCUGAUAUCAUAACAAUAGUGUGGACCCAUACAUCAGUGACUGAUUAUAAAAAGUAUUUAUUCAGAUUUACAUUGUCUCCCCUCCUGUGCUUCUUGCAUCAUGCUAUAAACAGGGACUUAUUCCUGCUGUGGUGGGUCUGAGCUCAUGCGUUAAGUUUUUUGCUGCAGUCUAAACAGCUAAACUUUAGUCCAGUUGCACAUUGAAGUUACGUCCUCCUAUCAACUAUUCUUCCUAGCCUUUAGAAAAGCUAUUAGCUAGCUGCUAGAGGUGUAUUAAACUUACAUAUUUUGAUUGUACUAUAACAUAUCCUCACAAUAAUAGUAAACUUAGUGUGUGAGGAAUUAUGUACGUAAGUAUAUUUGUCACAUUCAUAAUUGCAAGAGCCUCCCAGACUUUCCAAGUCUUUAGAGAGGUUAUAUUUAAACUUUUUAGACUCUUUUUGUUGGUGUUAUUGAUAGAAAAAUAUUAUUAAUUGUCUCACUAAUUUUCCCAAUUAGCCAUUUCCAUGAUGUUACCAUGUAGAACGUUUAGAACCACUAUUAGCAGCCAUGUUAAAUUGAUGGCAUGCAGCUGAAUACAAUGAUGCCCCACAAGUACAUGGCAUAAAGCUUAAGGAGCAUAUACUUGAAGUUUUAGGUGCAAGACUGAAUCUGAAUUUGUUCAUUUAUAUAUUAAUUAAAUUUUGUAGUUAUUCAGUUAAAAAUCUGAUUGAAUUGCAGCCAUUCCUUUCACAAAGGUUGUGAAAUAGUCUUUAAAAAAAUGGCAUUAACAUGAUCUCAUAUUGUCUGCUAAUAGUUACAGAAAUGUUUUGCCUUUUUUUCAAGGAAUAUACAGAAAUAACAUUACUUUUGUUUAAUGUAAAUAAUGAUAGUUUAGUGGUUUUCUCAGAGGUGCUGUUUAACUAAUCUUAAAUAUGGAUUUCAUCCUCUGCCUUCAGAAAUCAGUAUUAGUCUGGAUUACAUUGUACCAAAUUAAGUUAAUGAAUCUAUUAGCAGUGUUGUUUUUUUUCAUUUUAUUUCAAUGUGGAAUAAUGGUUUCAAAAUGUCACAUAGUUUAAUAACUUAUAAUAUAUCUGGUUACUCUUUUGCCAGUGACAAGACCUGUACUAAAGGAGAGGCUAGAGUACACAAAGAUCUGAAUAUCAAUGCACACAUAAUAAACAUAGAUGCUGGAAAUACUCAGCAGGUUCCAACCAAUAUGUAUAUUGUUGUGUACAGGAUUGGGGAACUCAACAUCUAUGUUGGCCAAUUCAAGAACUUGCUGAAUUUCUGUGUUCUUAAUUUGAAUAUAGUCCACACAAAUGCACAGCAUUAAAGAACGCAUACUAGAGUUAGUUUCAGAGAUAAUGGGAACUGCAGAUGCUGGAGAAUUCC